AUGAAGAUGACUGUAAAUCGAAUAAGAGUGGUGGUGCUCGGCAGCCCUCGAAGUGGAAAGUCGGCGGUGGUUGUGCGUUACCUCACGAAGCGGUAUAUUGGUGAAUAUAGUUCUACCGGUGAUUUUCUUUAUCAACAUCGAGUGGCAUUCGAUGGAGCGGUUUCUGAAGUUGAAAUACUUGACACAUCAAAUUGUGCGAUCCGUGGUUGCCUUGGAGACCACGUGCGCUGGGGUGACGCCUUCGCUGUAGUCUACUCGGUUUGCGAACGGCGGUCAUUCCUGGCUGCUGCUGAACUACUGUCCCUGCUGGAAAGGACGAGACUGCCGGGCUGUGCCGCUAUCACCCUCUUGGGCAACAAACGUGACCUCGAGCACGCCAGGGAGGUCCACGCGGAAGAGGGUCAGGAGCUGUCGCUCCGUUUCGGGUGUCAGUUCUACGAGGUGUCGGCAGCUGAAUCGUGCGCAGGUGCAGCGCUUGCUUUCCACGCGCUUCUUCGGGAGGCGCGGGCUCUUGCACUAUUAUUACCCGCUCCUAGACGAAAACUCGCCGCAUAUUCUGUUUCUAAGGUAAUCGGGACGAUUUUCGGCAAAAACAGCAAAAGUGUUCGAAAAAAACGACCAUCGCUUAGUAUUUAA